UGUUGUGUAAAUUCGCAGUAUAAUGCAGUAUCAUACGAGUACUCAGAAAGAGUAUUGGACGUUUAAGUGCCAAAAUGAACUUGAUAUGUGUAGAUUCGAAGCCAACGAUUCAGCAAUUAAAAGGAUUAAGGAGACUAUAGAGAAAGAUAGGGAAAUACAAAGAGUAAACUCUGUUGAGGUAGAACAAUACUCUACGGCAUUGAGAACCUAUGAUGAUAAUCAUAUUUGCGAAUUUGAUAAACUUAAGCCCAAAGUUGAGUUUCUUACUCCCACAGAAGAGAAAGUUUUUUACGAAUUUUACGAGCUUAAGUUGAGAGACAUUUGUCAACUUUAUAGAAAACAAGAUAAAGUAGCACCCCCUCUUAAGAUUGUUGGCACAGCAAUAGCCUUUUUUAAAAGAUUUUUUCUACAUAAUUCUUGCAUGGACUAUCCUUUACAAGACAUUAUGUACACUUGUAUAUUCCUCGCCUUUAAAACUGAAGAAAGAACUAAAGAUCUCGAUACUUUUCUUCAAAUUGCUCAUUUUAACGGCACCCGCGAGAAAUAUUUUAAAGUUAUUUUGGAUCUUGAGAUUAUAGUCGUGGAGCAGCUUCACUUUCAUCUACAAAUACUGCAUCCAAUGGGUUCCAUAGACGGGAUAUUGGCUGACUUAUCUUUCAAAGUAGGGAUUUUAGAAAUAUGUAAGGCUUUGCGUUUAUUAUCCUUAAGGUUUUGCGAGUAUUCACUUUUUACGAACUUAAUGUUCUUGUAUUCACCGGCCCAAAUUGGGGCUGCGUGCGUCUGGUUGGCCUCGAGAGAGUUUGAAGAAAAAGAAAAAAUAGAUAACUACUUUUGCGAUCUCUUCAAAGAGGAAAAAGGGUUGUUUGCGCUUAUUUCUAACACCAUUGCAGCGGCAAUCGAAACACAGUCCAAAAAAAGUGUGGAUAAGGAGAACGCCAGGCUUAUAUAUAAUAAGUUAAAGGCCUUUGGUCCCUUUUUCAUUGAUCCCACUUCCGGACGGUACCGAGAGAGAUACCUUUCAGUAAGAAGAUUUAGGGAACAGUUGAAAAGCACUUGACUAUAAGCAUUAUUAUAG